CGCGGGGGGCGGAGUUCGCGGAGCCCCAAUGAAUGGGGGAGCCGGAAGCAGGAAGUGAGUUUGCGAUCCGAGCAGCUGCUGCAGGGCCCAUGGCGGACGCCCAGUACAUCCUGCCCAAUGACAUCGGUGUGUCUAGCCUGGACUGCCGCGAGGCCUUCCGCCUGCUGUCACCCACAGAGCGCCUGUAUGCCCACCAUCUGUCACGUGCCGCCUGGUACGGAGGCCUGGCUGUGCUGCUGCAGACCUCCCCUGAGGCCCCCUACAUCUAUGCCCUGCUCAGCCGCCUCUUCCGUGCCCAGGACCCAGACCAGCUGCGCCAGCAUGCCCUGGCUGAGGGCCUUACCGAGGAGGAGUAUCAGGCGUUCCUGGUCUAUGCUGCAGGUAUCUACUCCAACAUGGGCAACUACAAGUCCUUUGGCGACACCAAGUUUGUUCCCAACCUGCCCAAGGAGAAGCUGGAACGUGUGAUCCUGGGAAGUAAGGCUGCUCAGCAGAACCCGGCAGAAGUCAGGAGCCUCUGGCAGACCUGCGGGGAGCUCAUGUUCUCUCUGGAGCCUCGGCUUCGACACCUCGGGCUGGGGAAGGAGGGAAUCACCACUUAUUUCUCCGGGAAUUGCACCAUGGAAGACGCCAAACUGGCCCAAGACUUUCUGGACUCACAGAACCUCAGUGCCUACAACACGCGGCUCUUCAAGGAUGUCGACCAGGAUGGGAAGCCCCGCUAUGAGGUGCGGCUGGCUUCUGUGCUUGGCACGGAGUCUGCUCUGCAUUCCGAAAUGACGUCCAGGCUGAAGAGCUACGAAUUCCGUGGGAACCAUUUUCAGGUGAUGCGGGGGGACUAUGCACCUAUCCUCCAGAAGGUGGUGGAGCACCUGGACAAAGCCAAGGCAUAUGCAGCCAACAGCCGGCAGGAACAGAUGCUGGCUCAGUACAUAGAGAGUUUCACGCAGGGCUCCAUCGAGGCCCACAAGAGGGGCUCCCGCUUCUGGAUACAGGACAAAGGCCCCAUCGUAGAGAGUUACAUCGGGUUCAUCGAGAGCUACCGAGACCCCUUUGGUUCCCGUGGAGAGUUUGAAGGCUUUGUGGCCAUGGUGAACAAGGCCAUGAGUGCCAAGUUUGAGUGUCUGGUGGCAAGCGCAGAACAGCUGCUGAAGGAGCUACCCUGGCCCCCGGCCUUCGAGAAGGACAAGUUCCUCAGCCCCGACUUCACCUCCCUGGAUGUUCUCACCUUCUCUGGCUCUGGCAUCCCUGCUGGCAUCAACAUCCCCAACUAUGACGACCUAAGGCAGACGGAAGGCUUUAAGAACGUGUCACUGGGGAACGUGCUGGCUGUGGCCUACGCUACACAGCGGGAGAAACUUACCUUCCUGGAGGAGGAUGACAAGGACCUGUACAUCCGCUGGAAGGGGCCCUCCUUUGAUGUGCAGGUGGGACUGCACGAGCUGCUGGGACACGGCAGCGGCAAGCUCUUUGUGCAGGAUGAAAAAGGAGCAUUUAACUUUGACCAGGAAACAGUGAUCAACCCAGAGACGGGGGAGCAGAUUCAGAGCUGGUACCGGAGCGGGGAGACCUGGGACAGCAAGUUCAGCACCAUCGCCUCUAGCUACGAAGAAUGCCGGGCUGAAAGCGUGGGCCUCUACCUCUGCCUCAACCCCCAAGUGCUAGAGAUCUUUGGCUUUGAGGGGGCUGAUGCGGAAGAUGUGAUCUAUGUGAACUGGCUCAACAUGGUUCGGGCCGGGCUGCUCGCUCUGGAGUUCUACACCCCUGAGGUGUCUAGCUGGAGACAGGCCCACAUGCAGGCCCGGUUUGUGAUCCUGAGGGUCUUGCUGGAGGCUGGCGAGGGACUCGUUACUGUCACUCCCACCACAGGCACCGAUGGGCGGCCAGAUGCCCGGGUCCGCCUUGACCACAACAAGAUCCGGUCUGUGGGCAAGCCUGCCCUGGAGCGGUUCCUCAGGAGACUUCAGGUGUUGAAGUCCACGGGAGAUGUGGCCGGAGGCCGGGCCCUGUAUGAGGGGUACGCAGCGGUCACUGAUGCACCCCCUGAGUGCUUCCUCACCCUCAGGGAUACCGUGCUGCUCCGCAAGGAAUCUCGGAAGCUCAUCGUUCAGCCCAACACUCGUCUUGAAGGCUCAGAAGUGCAGCUCCUCGAGUAUGAGGCCUCGGCUGCUGGUCUCAUCCAAUCCUUCUCUGAGCGCUUCCCAGAGGACGGGCCCGAGUUGGAGGAGAUCCUCACCCAACUGGCCACAGCUGAUGCCCGGUUCUGGAAGUGCCCCAGUGAGGCCCCAUCUGGCCAGGCUUGAGACCGAUUUAUGCAGCUCCUCCCUCAACUCCAUCAAACCACGUGUAUGCUAGGGGAGGAGCAGGAGCUCAGACCUUGGUGCUACCUCAGCCGAGGGUGGUGACACUAACCUCUUCCAUUUGUCAGCACUUUCCAGUUUACCAAGUGCUUCUCCUGUGUUAUCUCAUUUGAUCUGCACUGCCCUUGGUAGAGUGGGCAAGGCCAGGCUCCUUAUUCUGCUUGCCAAGUGAGGGAAUGGAAGUUGUGAGAAGUGACCUGUCUAGAUCCUGCAGGACUCAAAACCUCUCCCAGUCCAGUGCUCUUCAUGUAUUACUUUUAUAACCAGAAAAAUAAAUACUAGAAACAACCA